AUGCUUCGCAGAUACAGAUCCCUGAAAAAACUGGUCUACGCUGCGGCUAUCCUGUUUACAACGAUCAUCCUCUACGCUACGACAAGUCCAGGGAAUUACGGGGACGAACGUGACGAUGCUUGGGCACUGCCAAUUAGAGAUGAUGGAAAGGCAAGAUUGAUAGGUCACAUCCUUAUACGAGGUGCCUUUGGGGGUUCGGCCGGGGCACAAAUCCGCGUGGAUGUUGGGCUGUUAGAGCCCUUGCACCGGCUACCACUGGGCCCGUUCGAAGACCACCCUAUGCCGGUGGUUGUAGAAACACUACAGAUGCAGAUACCAACUUUCAACGAGUCUAAAUCUGGACUGGCGCCUACCAAUGUUCAGAACCCUGUGGCACCAGUCGCCUCUGCCCCAAAAGCCCCGACUUCCCCGGUGACACCACGCCCACCUGUACCCGCCCCCGCCAACGCCCCCGCGCCAGCAAACAACCCUGCACUUGUCCCAGGCGCAGCGAAACCACCCGUACCCCCUGCAGCUCCAGCACCCCCUCCCCCUCCACCGCCUCCUCCUCCCCCUCCAACUCCACCCCCGAAACCUCUGCCGGACCUCGCCAAAGCAACUGCUGAGAUCUCCCAGCGUUUGGCCCAGACUCAAGCACAGUGCGACAAGUUCAAAGUGCCCAAUGUUGUAGACUCUGACGUGUACCUUUUGCCCAAAUAUAAUCUCUCUUACUGCAAAGUGCCCAAAGCUGGCAGCACAUACUGGGAGCAGGUCUUCUCUUUCCUCAACAAAAGUCCGCAAGAACUGGCUUACCUAGGAUUUAAGUCCCCCUUCCAGAUCUCAAAAUACGACAUACGCUACACCAGCCACUUCAACCUCCCUCGUCGUCAUUGGAAAACAGCGGAGGACAAAGCAGAAAUAGACAAAUCUUUUAGGGUGCUGUUCGUUAGACACCCGUUAGAGCGACUUUGGAGCAGUUACAUGGAGAAAUUUUACCUCAUCGACUUCUGGACCACCCUCGCCCUGCAGAUGAAGACAGCCGGCUCGGAGCAGAAGUGUCCGAAGUCCGUGACUUUCCGGGAGUUCAUUGACUUCACGAUGCCGUUGUUUAACGAAAACUGGGCACCAGUAACAGAGCUCUGCAACCCGUGCACAUACAAGCCGCACAUCAUAGGCCAUGUGGAGACGAUGCGGGAGGACACUUUCUACACGUUCAAACAGGCGAAGCUGGACUGGGUGUUCAACGAGCAAGACAAAAUUUCCCGAGAGGAGAACAUGAUGAUGGACUUGGUGGUGUACAAUUACCAGAUACACAGCAUCAACUGGUACAGUUUUUACCAUAGGUGUUUCUCACAGAAAGAACUAGCCAUGCGUCUCUGGGAUGUGUUCAAAAAGGUCGGGUAUUUUUCCUCCCAUGCCGGUCUCCCUGACAACCUCCCUGACUACAACCAGACCACCGUCAUUCGAGAACUCAGGAUACAAAUGAAAAAGUUCAGCCUUGGGCGCACCAACGCUCGAGCACAGCAGCUCAAGGUGAUGAAGAGGGACUUUGAAUCCUUGUCCAAGCCGGUGAUGGCUAAAGUGCUCGAGAAAUACGCAAUGGAUUUCCAGUUAUUUGGAUAUAGCACACAACUUCCUUCUUCCUAGGGUGGAUGGGUUAAGUGCAUGAGUGUGAGAGAGGGGAGAGGGGGAGACAUGAGAGACAGAGAGAUGUGGGGGGAUAGAGCAUUUCCUUCUUUCCUAAGUGGAUAUAUGAGAGCUCCUUUACAUAUUAUGAGUGUACGCAUCGCUGAGUGAAUUAGAGAUCGAGGAUCAAGUGAGAGAAGGAAAGAAGGAGAAGAUAGAAGGAUAGAGAAAGAGGGGAGGGUAGAAGGGAGAAGGGCGGGGAAUAAACAGACAGAUAGAAUAGAGAGUGAGAGAGGGGAGAAGAGAGGGAGACAAGAGAAAGAAGGAGAGAGAGAGAG